AUGCCAGGGGGAGAGCGACGAUGCAUUGCAUUGCGUUGCGUCACCAUCAUCAUCAUCAUCAUCACCACCACCACCGUCACCAUCGUCACCAUCGUCAUCAGCACCACCCUCGUCAUCAUCACCACCAUCGUCAUCAUCACCACCAUCGCCAUCAUCACCACCAUUGUCAUCGUCACCAGCAUUGUCAUCGUCACCACCAUCGCCAUCAUCACCACCAUUGUCAUCGUCACCACCAUCGUCAUCACUCGUAUAGCACCUUGUUUUUCAAAGCGAUCAACAGUAUGCAUACUCUUCUGCCGAGAGCAACCUAUGCAUACUCUUCUGCCGAGAGCAUCAUAUGCAUACUCUGCUGCCGAGAGCAUCAGACAUUUCUCUGUACCAUUCUUAAACCCUCAGCGUGUCAACCAUCAAGACGAUUCCCGCGAUGCUCCUGGACAGCAGUGCCCGCCAUUGCGUGCAUGUGCUUGUGCUAGAUGUUCGGCUGCAGCAAUAGCUCGCUCCCAGCCGUCGUAUGCAAUGGAUUCUGUUCCGGUGAGUGCAGGUCCGUGCUGCGUCGUCCGUCUCGACUCUGCUUCCCAGUUCCAAAUAUGA